UCCACGUGGGUUCUUCCUCCGGUCAGGACUGGUAGGCACAGACGCUGAAGGUUAAGCAAGGCUGACAGGGUUUUUGUGUUGAACAGGACCCAAAGGCUGAUCGGCGGGAAUCGAGUGAGGGUGGACGGAAAGGUCGUUUGCAGACAUGGACCCCAUGAAAGCGCAGCAGCUCGCUGCCGAGCUCGAGGUUGAAAUGAUGGCUGAUAUGUAUAACCGCAUGACCAAUGCAUGUCACAAAAAAUGCGUUCCUCCUCACUACAAGGAAGCAGAACUUUCAAAGGGAGAGGCUGUGUGUUUGGACCGCUGCGUCGCCAAAUACUUGGACUUGCAUGAGAGACUUGGCAGGAAGCUUACCGAGCUCUCUGUGCAGGAUGAGGAGGCGAUGAGAAAGGCUGCCGCCGGCACCAGUUAGGCCUGGUAUGGACUCCAUAAGUGAAUCUUGAAAACUGUGGAUGGUCUGGGGUUUGUGGGGGAGGAACCAUAAUAUUUCAAAAAAUAAUAUUCUGACAGUUGCUUCACCAAAAGAUACUGGUGAAAGGUUCAGACCUUUGAAAAGAGUCUGCAGUGAAAUCUCCAGUCUUGGCAUAAACAUUAUUAACAUCACAGGAACAAAACUUUAUCUGCGAUUUAUGAAGUUUUGUUAAAUUGUGUGUCCCUGUGAUUAUUGUAAUUGUGGUUGUUUUUUAUGUUGACAUUGUAUUUCUGACAUUCUAAAUCAUUUAGCAAAAACAUACCCUGAGUGUUCUACAAUAUUAAAACACUUAUUGUGCUCUUUAA